AUGUCCACUCUCUGUUUGAUAUCUAUCUUCGUGACGACUACUCUGGCCGUCAACUACCCGCCAAUUCCCAGCGUUGGAAUUUCGCCAGUCCAGCAACGCAUUGCGAUCAAUGGACCCAGCUCCAUGACGGUCGGAUGGAACACCUACCAAAAGUUGGCGCAACCAUGCGUCCAAUAUGGUACAUCGAGUACCAAUCUCAGCCUACAGAGUUGUAGUAGUACUUCCAUUACAUUCGUAUCCUCACGAAUAUUCUCGAACGCAGUUACUCUCACAGGUCGAAUGCCGGCUACGACUUACUACUACAAGAUCGUGCCAGGAAACUCGACUGUGGACCACUUCCUGAGCCCUCGCGCUGCCGGUGACACGACUCCAUUCAACAUGGCGGUAGUCGUCGAUCUCGGGGAAGCGGCGCUGACGGAUUCACUACGAACGAGCGGGACACUAUCCCGCAACCUCGCUCAGAAUGCCGAUUCGUACGAAGUCGUAGUGCAUCCUGGCGACUUCGCCUAUGCUGAUGACUGGUAUCUUCGCCUCGGCAAACUUCUUGAUGGGAAAUUGCUUAUGAAGUAA